GACACGAACAAAUCUUUCCUGCACGAGGCCGCUGCUUCACGGAUCAGCUUUAUUGUAUAUUCGAAAAAAUAUUCCAUAUUUCUGCAUUAUCCAUCAUGCUGAGUACGGCUGCUAUUUAUGUUACAGUUCUCUGCCUAAUUCCUGGAGCAUUUUCUCAGAAUGAAUUGCUCUUCCAAAGUGAAAAUCACUGUCGUCGGUUCGUUUCACCUACCAUUACAUCAGCUUUGGGCUUGUGUACGUAUCCCUGUCUUUUAUGGUCCAACUAUCAACCACCGAAAAUACUAGUGAUCUCGGAGCCAGAUGGCACCGCUUGCAAGGUAUACAACGGAUUUUGGCAAGCACGACAGGUUGGAAACUGCCAAGCAGGAUUCUGCCACAGUACCCAGAAUUACGGCUCACUGAAGCGCAUCAAAAGGGACAUCACCCUCUCUGCUUCUUCAGGCCAACCAAAUAUUUCUGCUUCCGAGAAACAAGUGCAAAGUAGGCAUGGUUCGGAGAAGCCAAAGACCUCAAGAACAGAGCAAAUUGAGCGUAGGAGAAGACAUAUGUGGAAGCGUUGUGACUGUGCCAGCAUGAGGGGAUUAUUCAUUGACAUUAGUUAUGUAGUAAGUGGUUUGCGCUUAGGAAGGCGUGGUAAAAGAGAACGACGUCGUAAAGUAGGCUGCCGGGUUAUAUGUCUUUUUCUUAUUAACAAAUACAAGCAUGACCCGAAGUGGACCAGCCUUUUCGAAGCUCGCUUCAGCCCUCCUUCAAGCGUGCAGCUGGCGAAUGCUACUGCCGCUUUGCCAGAGGGCAAUACAGGUGGCGUGAACAUCAGCAGCAAUCAAAGAGGUUCCACAACAAAUAAAACAAGCGCAGUUGGUCUUAUUACGGUAACUAGUAUUCGUGGAGUAAAUGACCCAAGUUCAAUUGGAAGCACCGGGACACGAUUGACAAAUAAUCAGACCUCCGGAUCUUCUGCGACGGGUGUUCUUACCGUUGUCCCAGGCAAUAAAGCUGGCAGCGGGGUCAGCGGAAGCAGUAACACAGGCGCAGGCACUGGUUCUUUGGCUGUUGGCUCUGCCAGUAUCGGUAUCAACGGGGGAACAUCGGCUAUUCCCCCCAUUACUGGCAAUACUUCAAAAGAUGAAACUAGCAACAUUACUAAUCGUGGCACACUUAACAACAGUGCUGGUGCAGGAUACCUCGGCAAUGGUCACGCUAAUCUCACUACAAUUACGGCACCCGCAGAAGGUACCCUUUCUUCUAGCCAUACAGGAACUGCAGGAACAUCUGGCAAACCUGUCUCUACCACUACUCCUACAAGCGUUGUAGCCAUCGGCACGUCGUCUGAAGCCAAUCCACAAAUUGGUGGUAGUGGAAGCAGCCUACUUGUAAAUGCACAUGCGUCAGCCACUGGCAAUGGCGGUAUAUCUACGGGAAGUGUCAGUGUUCCUAGUUCUCCAAAAAAUGAAAGUCAUCAUGGAAUAUCCAGUAUAUCUGCUGUCGGCACUAGCAAUGGCACCUCUGCUGGUGCAGCAACUGGCAAGGAUAGUGGCACCGGCUCUAACAAUGGGGUGGUAGGCAGCACGGGGUCAACCAAAAGGCCGUACCAGGUCACGGCAAAUGCAACUGUUCCCACAAGAACUGGCAAUGGCUCUGGUAUAGCUUCCGGGAAUAAUGAUAUAAAACCUCUCGAGAAUCCUGGAACGUCCGAAAGUUCAACUCUGCCACCUAAAGAUGCCAAUUUGAGUUCCAACCAACAAGGCGCACAUGGCUCUGGUAUUGGUAACGUUGGCAAUGGCUCAAGCAAGGAAGCUGGCACCAGGUCUCCGAGUAAUAACGCCGGUAAUAAUCAUAGCGGCUCACUAAUAACUGACACGAAUGUCCUUCUAAAACCACAAGUCGGAAGUGCUAAUGGUCCCAGCACUACCACUUUCGGUGAAACGGGCAGUGGCGGCAACAUUGCUCUCGGCAAUAAAAUAGUCGGUAGGGGUCCGCUUGAGGCAAGUGCUGGUGGGCUACUCGGGAAGCCAAAGGCUGGCCCUCCUACGAAUACAGUGGCAGGUGGCCGACAAAACGGUGGUGUUUCAAGUACCGCUACACCCAGCCCUGUAAGUGAGAACAGCACCAGUUCUUCUGGAAAUGGCUCGAACAUCGAUACUACCAACACACGCAUCGUAGGUGUUGCAAUCAGUACACCUAUAACAGGAACUGGCGGAAAACCAAGCACUACCGGAAUAGCCAUAAAUACAAGCAGUAGCGUUGGUGUGUCUGGCCAAAACGCUAGUGUCUCUAGUGGUGGCGUGUCUUCCAGUGGUGGAGGAGCUGCUAAUGGCAUCAGUAACAAUGUUGGCGUCCAAAAUGAAGGUGCUACUGAAAGUAGCGUUAGUUCAGCAAAUCCAAGAGGCGAAAUAAUCAGUCCUACGCUUAGCAGCAGUGGUGCAGGUGUCGGAAUCACUCCUGAAGCCGCAGGAACUCCAGUUACCGGAGGGGGACUACCUGUUUCUUCGACAGCUCCCACCAACGUUAUUCCCACGGUAACUGCCGGAAAUCGCGAAAUUAGUGGAGCCACAAGUGGUACAGCGCCUACGGGUAUUGUAGAAGUAUGGGGCACCUCCAGUGGAGGUACGACUGCUGUUAUCAGCACUGGACAGCCAAGCGAAGGCGGUGGUAAUCCCAAUGGCUUCCCUGAAGCCACACCUACAGGCAAUCUCUUAGAUACGGGUUCAAGAUAUGGUGCUGGCUUUGGUGCGGGUGCUAUACCUGGCAACAAUCCGCUGUUCAAUUUUGGAGGGACAUACGGGAGGGGGGCCACUGGCUUCGGUAGCACUGGAAAUGAAAUAAUCAAUGUAUGGGGCCCGACAGGUAGCGCAUUCAAUCGAAUCGGGGCUGGCUACGGAAACACUGGUACAUUAGGCAGUGCACCGGGCAGGCAACCUUUUGGCAGCACUGGUGGUUAUGGUGGUACUGGGCGAUUUCCCGGAGGCAUCGGCAUAUAUGACGAUGAUAUCUUCUUUCAAGAUUAACGUACAUGUGCUAAAGCGGGUAAUGCGCGAGAAAUUUCCACGAAACAUGGGCGAUGAUUGGGUAAAA